AUGGCGCGGCUCGUCGCGGCCUACGCGGAGCUGAGCACGCGGCGGCCCUACAGCGUCGCCUUCGCGAGCUGCACCUUCAAGGGCAUGCUCGCCGACGCCUUCAGCCAGCGCGUCGUCGAGGGCCGGAGCGAGCAGGACUGGAAGCGCACGGGCGUCUUCGCGUUCUACGGCGGCUGGUACUGCGGCUGGUUCCAGCACGCGCUCUACAACGUGGGCUACGCGUCGCUCUUCGGGUUGGAGACGACGGUCUACAACGCCGCGCGGAAGGUCGCGUUCGAUAGCGCGUUCCACAUCCCGCUCGCGUGCUUCUGCGUGUGCUUCCCCGUGUACUACGCCUACAAGCACGUGCUCUACGACGGCGACGGCUGGCGCGCGGGGCUCGAGCGCUACAAGGGCGAGGCCGCGGACAUGUGCCGGCGCUACUACACGGUCUGGGUCCCCGCGAACAUGCUCGUUUUUACGGUCGUGCCCGUGCCGCUGCGCAUCGGCUUCAUCGCGACGACGUCCUUCGGCUGGCUCACGGCGGCUGGGAAGCAGGCCGCCGCGCCGGCGCCGGCGGCGGGCCGCUCCGGCUCCAUCGUCGGCCCGAACCCGCAGCUCGACGCGGAGACGCAGGAGAUGAUCCGCGAGACCCAGCGGCGGGGCAGCGGCCAGCAGCGCAAGGCCAGCUGGGGCCUCUUCACCGGCGGCGAGCGCCGCAAGUCCAAGGAGGUCGUGCUCUCCCAGGAGGCCGAGCUCCAGACCGAGUCGUACGCCGAGGCGAUGCGAUUGAUAAAACAGCAGCAGGAGGAGCUCGCGCGGCUCCGCAACGAGAACCGCAAGGUGCAGGCCGAGCUCGCCGCGGCCAAGGAGCUGCUGGGCGACCGGGACCUCGCGCACAUGGACGGCAGGGAGAAGGCCGCGACGCGCGAUUUAAGGGGCUCCGCGGGCUACAUCGCGCCGCCGAAGACGCAGCCCAGCGGCUCGAAGGCGUCGACGACGACGAAGUCGCGCCGCGAAUCCGCGCGGCGCAAGGUCAUCCGCAACUUCGCCGACGACCUCGCGCUCUCGCGGCCCGAGGUCGUGCCGAAGGGCGACGGCGUCCGCGACUUGAUCUGGAACGUGUGCAAGGAGAAUUUGCUCUUCAGCGAUUUGGACGACUCCUGCCGCGACCGGUUGACGGACCCCUUCGCGCCCAUCGAGUGCGGCGCGGGGGAGGUCGUCGUGCGCCAGGGGGAGAACGGCGAGCACUUUUACGUCGUCGAAUCCGGGCACCUGCGGGUCUUCGUGAAGGGCGACGAGGAGGAGGAGGAGAGCAAGGCGCCGGAGGCGAGCUCGAAGGAGCCCUGGGACCUGGCCAUGUACGAGUCGCACGACGCGCUGGGGAAGUACGUGCUGUCCGUGGGCGCGUGCGGCGGCUUCGGCGAGUUGGCUUUAAUGUACGACACGCCGCGCGCGGCGACGGUCAUCGCCUGCGGCGACUGCAAGCUCUGGGCCAUCAAGCGGUCCGACUGCAAGAGCGUGCUCCAGUCCAUCCAGCGCGCGGAGAUGAAGGGCCGCGUGCGGUUCCUGCGGCGCGUCCGCAUCGGCGCGGCGACGGGGAGCGACGAGCCGCUGGGCCUCGGCGAGUUCCUGACGGACCAGGAGCUCGCGCGCCUGGCGUCCGUGCUCGAGUCGGAGGUCGUCGGCGAGGGCGAGAUCAUCAUCCGCCAGGGCGAGCCGGGGAACCACUUCUACAUCGUGGAGGAGGGACGGGUCGACGUGCAUCGGAACGAGCCCUCGAGCGGCCGCCGGAGCUCCGUGAUCCUCAAGGAGAACAAGCUCAAGCACAUCGAGACCGGCGGCUACUUCGGCGAGCGGGCGCUCAUCAACGAGGAGCCGCGCGCGGCGCCCGACCCGGACGAGAUGCGCUUGGAAGACCUCACGGUGCUGGGCACGCUCGGCCGCGGGUCCUUCGGCAUCGUGCGCCUCGUGCGCCACGCGGACACGGGCGCGACCUUCGCCUGCAAGUGCCAGGCGAAGGCCAAAAUCGUCGACGAGGCCAUGGAGGCGUACGUGACGAUCGAGUGCAAGAUCCUCGCCAUGUGCGACAACCCCUUCGUGUUGAAGCUCUACAGCACGAUGCAGACGGACCGCUGCGUCUACCUCGUGCUCGAGCUCAUGCCCGGCGGCGAGCUCUACAAGCACCUGCAGCAGAUGGUCUGCUUCCCGGAGCCCAUGCUGCGGUUCUUCGUGUCGCAGAUCGUCUUCGCGUGGACCAUGUGCGGCACGCCCGAGUACCUCGCGCCGGAGAUCCUGCGCAACGAGGGCCACAACCACGGCGUCGACUUCUGGAUGCUGGGGGUGCUGACCUUCGAGCUCGCCCACGGCCAGGGGCCCUUCGUGGCCCAGGACGAGAUGGCGCUCUUCGAGCUGAUCCUGAAGAUGCGGCCCAAGUUCCCGCGCGCGUUCUCGAAGAAUUUGAGAGAUUUGAUCUCGCGGCUCCUCUGCCACCAGAAGAAGCGGUUGGGCAACUCCAAGGAGGGCUGGGGCGCCGUGCGGCGCCAGCUCUGGUUCACGGGCUACGACUGGGACGGCGUCUGGGCGAAGCAGGUCACGGCGCCGCUCAAGCCGUCCGUCGUCGUGCCCGAGCCGAACCCGGACGAGGACGACUUUACGUUGGACCUCACGGAGAAGGAGGACGACGCGGCGCGGCCCGACUGGUGCCCGCGGCUGCCCAAGACGAUGCACAAGUGGCGGCCGACGAAGGCCGACGACGCCGUCAACGAGCUCGCGGCCGGCUCGCCGAAGGCGUCGCCCCUGGGCUCGGGCCGGCGCGUCGCGGCGGCGCCCUACGGGUCGCCGGGCCGGGGGAGCCUCGGGAGCCGCCGCCUCGGCGCCGGGAGCCCCGCGUCGUCGCCGUCGAGCCCCGCGUCGCCCGCCGCGCGGAGCCUCCGCGACUAA